UGGGUCUAACUCUAAGCUCAUAAGCAUUAAAAGGGAACCGGCAUUCCAGAGCUCCGGUUCACUGAUAAGUCGUACUAAAUAUACAUACAUAUAGAGUAUAUAGUACACAUAUCCAUAAAUAUAUAUAUAAACAGUCGAAAACUGGCUUCACUGCUUGAGCUUUCGGUAUCAAAUUUUGAAUUCUUGUCUGGACUCUUUAAAAUACGCGACUUGCAAUUAUUAUACAUUAAAUAAAGUGAAUAGCUUUUUUUAUAUAAAGUAAAUCGCAAAGUUUCACACAAGUUCACAUGCAAGGUGAAUUAUUGUAAUCCAAGCUGAGCUUGGAGAGAAACAGUGAGAGAGACGUGAUUUGAGAUUCUAUAGCUCGACUUCGGCAGCUUAUCGAGAACUUUGCUAAAAACACAGCUUCGAUUUCUCGCAACGGAAACGGCACGCGAUAAAAAUUACAAUUUGCAGCUGUGGGAUAAGUUUCAAUUGAAGAUUCAGUUUGAAAGGGUAAGAUGAAGUGUUUGGAGCUAAUGUUCGUCGCGCUGCUAAGCUUCAGAUGGCAGCCGGUGUUGUCCAAAAGUUAUUCCGUCGAGCACACGGAUCUGCUCGAGCUCAGCGACAACGAUGAGUUCCUGUGGGGCGCCGCAGAGAAUGAGCAACAUGUACAGGCCAAUAAUAACAGUGAUGGUGACAACGUAUCCAGUUUUCUAUCACGUCAUCGUUUGACCAAGCGACAGGCACCAGCUCAAAGUGGCUCCGCUCUGCUGGAAAACAAGGACUAUGGCGCAUGUCGCACGUCGCUUGGCGUAGCCGGACGUUGUCGCCAUAUCAUUUACUGCCGCAUGCCGGAGCUGAAGAGUGAUGUGUGGCGUUUGGUUUCCCAGCUAUGCAUCAUUGAGAAAAGUUCAAUUGGCAUUUGCUGCACGGAACAGUCGACAGCGUCACGCUUCAGUCCACAGUUUGUGAGCGCCAAUGAGGAAUCCCCGCGCAUUGUCAAUCAGCCGGAGAAACGUGGUUGUGGCAUUACAACACGUCAAUUUCCCAAGAUCACUGGUGGACGUCCAGCGGAGUCGGAUGAAUGGCCCUGGAUGGCGGCGGUGCUGCUUGAGGGUACUGAAUAUGUGUGGUGUGGCGGUGUGCUCAUCACAGAUCGCCAUGUGCUAACGGCGGCUCACUGCCUGCACAAGAUCCCCAAGGAGAAGAUAUUUGUGCGACUGGGCGAGUACAAUACGCACGAAUUGAAUGAGACGCGCUUACGCGAUUUCCGCGUUGGUAACAUGGUCCUGCACGUGGAUUAUGAUUCAGUAACAUAUGAGAAUGACAUUGCCAUCAUACGGAUUGAGCGACCGACGUUGUUUAAUAGCUACAUAUGGCCCAUAUGCAUGCCACCGCUGAAUGAAGACUGGACAGGACGCAUGGGCAUUGUCAUGGGCUGGGGCACAAUCAAUUUCAGUGGUCCGCACUCCAAGAUACUCAUGGAAGUAAAUUUACCGGUGUGGAAGCAAUCGGAUUGCCAGGCUGCUUUUGUGGAUCGCAUACCGGACACGACCAUGUGCGCUGGUGCCCCGGAAGGCGGCAAGGAUAGCUGCCAGGGUGAUAGCGGUGGUCCGUUGGUCGUACAGUUGCCCAAUCAGCGCUGGGUCACCAUUGGCAUUGUCUCCUGGGGCUGGCGAUGCGGCGAACCGAAUCGUCCAGGCAUAUACACGCGCGUGGACCGCUUUCUGGAGUGGGUCGUUGCCAAUGCGGACAUAUAAGAUGCAGAUAUAUUACCAUAUACAUUUAAUUUACCUGGCAUUAGCUAACCAAAUGCUUUGCUCUAAAUACAUAUAGCUAUUUAGAUACUAAUAAACAGAUUAACAUAGGUCA